AUGGGCCAGGAAAAUAAAACCCAGACAUGGGUGAGUGAGUUCUUUCUGCUGGGGCUGUCCAGAGACUGGGGAACACAAGUGUCCCUCUUUGUCUUGUUCCUGAUCAUGUACUUGGUGACCAUUGUGGGAAAUCUCCUCAUUCUUCUUCUGAUCAGACUGGACAGCAGGCUUCAUACCCCUAUGUACUUCUUUCUUACUGUUUUAUCCUUUGUGGACCUUUGUUAUUCAAGCAGUAAUGCCCCACAAAUGCUAGCCCACUUGCUCUCAGCCCAGAAGUCCAUCCCAUUCCAAAGCUGUGUGCUCCAGCUCUAUGUGUCCCUGGCAUUGGGCGGGUCUGAGUUCUUCCUGCUGGGAGCCAUGGCCUAUGACCGCUAUGUGGCAGUGUGUCACCCGCUGCACUACACAGUCAUCAUGCAUGGAGGGCUGUGCCUGGGGCUGGCUGCCGGCUGCUUGGUGGCUGGUUUCAUGAAUUCACUGAUGGAAACAAUCAUCACCUUUCGGCUUCCCCUGUGUCACAACAUUAUUAACCAUUUUGCCUGUGAGACCCUGGCUGUGCUGCGGCUAGCCUGCGUGGACAUCUCUUUCAACAUGGUCAUGGUGGCCAUCUCAGGAUUUCUGGUGAUCAUGCUUCCCUGUUCCCUGGUCCUCUUCUCCUAUGGUCAUAUAGUUGCUGCCAUUCUGCGUAUUCGCUCUGCUCAGGGACGUAGCAAAGCCUUUGGGACCUGUGCUUCCCACCUCACUGUGGUGUCCAUGUGCUUUGGGGCUACCAUCUUCACCUACCUGGGGCCACGGUCAGCAUCCUCAGUGGAAGAGGAGAAGAUGGUUGCUCUAUUCUACGCUGUGGUGGCACCUAUGUUGAACCCCUUGAUUUAUAGCUUGAGAAAUAAGGAAGUUAUGGCUGCUGUCUGGAAAAUUUUAAAGAAAUUUAGAGAUAAAAGAUAA